AUGCAGCCGGCAAAGGGGAAGGCCGAGCCGCAUGGACGCAAGGCAAAGGUGGGAGCAGCCACCACCACCAACAACAAUGCCCUGGACACGACGAGCCUUGCUAACGCGCGCCGCCAUGCCCAGCUUGCCAAUUCGUACCAGCAACUGUUGGACGAGUUCUCGACCAACGAGCUCCGGUCCGUCGGCAACUAUACCCUCGGUCGCUUGAUUGGAAAAGGCUCCUUUGGCAAGGUGUACCUGGCCUCGCACAAGCUCACCAACGGCUCCAAGGUUGUCCUCAAGUCGGCGCACAAAGAUGACUCGAACCUCGCCCGCGAGAUACACCACCACCGCCAGUUUGUGCACCCGCACAUUGCGCGGCUGUACGAGGUCAUUGUGACCGAGUCGCUAGUCUGGCUCGUGUUGGAAUAUUGCUCCGGCGAUGAGCUUUACAACUACCUCCUCGAACACGGGCCGCUGCCCGUCAACAAGGUCCAGAAGAUAUUCGCACAGUUGGUCGGCGCCGUCGCCUACGUCCACAUGCAGUCAUGCGUCCAUCGCGACCUCAAACUCGAAAACAUCCUCUUCGACAAGCAUGAAAAUGUGAAGCUCGUCGACUUUGGCUUCACCCGCGAAUAUGAGGGCAGGACGAACCACCUGCAGACAUUUUGUGGCACGAUAUGCUAUGCGGCGCCCGAGAUGCUGCGAGGCGAAAAGUACGCGGGCGAAAAGGUCGACGUCUGGAGCCUCGGCAUCAUCCUGUACGCCCUGCUCUGCGGCGAACUGCCUUUUGACGACGACGACGACAAUGUGACGCGAACAAAGAUUCUCUCCGAGGAGCCUCCGUACCCCGACCACCUCCCAGCCGAAGCCGUUCCUCUGCUCAAGUCCCUCCUCUCCAAGCGACCAUUUCCCCGUCCGGCACUGGAAGACAUUCUCGCUCACCCGUUCCUGGCCGAGUAUGCGGCCCCGCAGCAGGAAAUCCUCAAGAUCAAGACACAGCCGCCCUUUUCGACUGCGCUGGAAAAGGACUGCCUGCAGCGGAUGCGGAGUGCUGGCGUCGACAUCGAUGCUGUCAUCGAGAGCGUCCUGGCGCAAAAAUGCGAUGCUUUGUCGGGCUGGUGGAAGCUCUUGCUCGAAAGAGAGGAGCGCAAAAUGAUCAGGCGAGAAAAACGACGAAAAGAAAAGGAGGCGGAGCGAAGCCUCCGGCGUCUAUCGGCGGCAUCGAGUCGACUCGAGCGCAUGGCGCCCACGCUGCACGAUGUGGACGAAGACGGCGGCCUGACGAGCCAGUUCAUUAGGCUGGGCGAGUCCAGCGGCUCCCGAAGAGGCAGAAGCGAACGCAGGAGUGCCCACUACUAUCCCGACUUCACCAUCUCUGACCUCCCUCAGCUGCCCGAGGCCAACAGAGAAAGCGGAACUUCGUACGAAGACAUGCCGCCGACGCCGAUAGACAAAGAUUCGAUUCGAUCCGUCUCCACGUCCCGCCAUCGUCGACCGAUUCCGCCUCCAAAGGAGGGCAUCCUGCGCAGCGCGAGAUCUAGAGGUUCUACGCUUCACCUAGUCACCACAUCAGACACUGUGCUCAAGGAGCAAGACGAAGCGGGGGCGCAGAAUCGGCAACAGACGAACGGGCAGAAGACGAAGAAGAAGCCGAGCGAGGCCAUAAUCGCCCACUGGAAGCACUGGACGCACUGGCUACUUCAGAACACUUCACGACGGCGCAAGGGACAUGAGAGGCGGACGAGCCGCAGCACCCCCAACCUGCACAUGAAGGAAUCGAGCGCCCACAGUAGCAAGGAUGCCAGCCCCCGGCCGCAGACGAGCAAGUAUCCCACCACGGGCUCGCCGGCGCAGGCUACGGUGCCGCUUCCAAAGAGCGUCGUGGCCAACGGCCAUGUAGUAAAGGGAGGCCCGGCGCAGGGCAGCUACGUCCACAGGGGAACGACGACGUCGCGGUCGUCAUCGCUAUCGACAACAGCGCACGCCCAUCACCCGCGACCGCGCGUUGGCACGUCACAGUCAUACAAGCGACAGUCGCUGUCACCAUCGCCGUUGACUCCCCGCUCAACGAUCCGCCGUUCCUCUGCGGGCCUGCGUGGUAGGAAGUCGACGUCUUCGUCCAUCUCGUCGGUCCGCUCGAUGCACCACCACCACCAUUCCCACUCCAAAGCGUCGUCGACGAGCUCGGCAGGAUCUGUAUCGACCUGCAAGACACCACUUGGUCGCGGGCACUCGCCGCAUCAUUCCGUCAAGGUUCUUCCCGCGACACCGACGACGACGUCGUUUCCAUCCAAUAUACGGCUUGUUCUCGGAUCGCCCGCACCGCCGCCCCUGCAGCUCUACAAUGAGGGCAUGCCUAGCAACCAGCCGCAGCCACCGGGCUCACCCAAUCCCUUUUCAUCCGGCGUCCUGUUUGCCAAGCGGAAAAAGAACAUCUUCAAAGGGCCGACACUGAACUUUGGCGGUGGCCUCGGCAUGGCUGGCGGAAGAAGCGGAUCGGCGCACUCCCGAAGCGGCAGCGGGUCUGCACGGGGGCGUCCAUCUGGCGAGAUCACGAUACAAGAAGAGGAAGAAGACGAGAACGCCGUGGCAGAGGACCCGGACGAAGAUAUCGAAGAGGUGGACAUGUUCAACCCUAUUGUCGGCGGUCCGGGCGAAACAAUCGAGGAGCAAAUCAUUGAAGACGAAGACGAGGAGCCGACGACAACAAUCAACAUCAACAGCCCGACUUUUAAACACGGCGAGGAGGCAGCGACAGCAGCGGCUGCGCCAGAGCCGAAGCCGGUGGCCUGA